AUGCCUGAGUACUUCGCGAUAGUCGGUCCUGGGGACAGGCCGCUGUACGAGAGCGAGCUUGGUCGGGGUGCGUGGACGCCAGAACAGCGGGAGUUGAACCCAUUCGUGUUGCACUCGUCGCUGGACGUCAUCGAGGACUUGCAAUGGCAGUUGCUCCCGGAGAACAGCGACACGGUCUCCAACACCGGUGGUGGAGAGUUUGGUGGUGCAGCACAGAGUGGUGCAGCACAAGGUGGCGGCGGCGGGUUUUUGAGGUCACACAGGGCGAAGACAGAGACGGAUAACUGUUACUUGGGCCGUGUGGAUCACUUCUACGGGCUCGCGGUGAGUGCGUAUACUACAUACUCUGGGUUGAAGUUGUUGAUGGUCCAUGGUUCUGGGAUCGUGGACGACGCAAACUGCCGUAGUUUCUACCAGGAGGUGCAUGAACUGUACGUGAAGACUUUGAUGAACCCGUUCUAUUCUGCCGGUGGCAGUGCCAAUGGCAGUGGCAGUGGUACUAUUGGGCCUGCACCGAUCACUUCCAGGGCGUUCGACUCGCGUGUCAAAGCUAUUGCCCGGAGGCAUCUGCGAUAG